CCACUGUCGACACCAUCCCUCCUUCAUCCUCUUCUUCCAUUCUGACAGGAUCUCUUUCUCUUCCACACUGCUGUUGCUCCCUCAGAUCCUCCAACCAUCCCCCAGUCUUCAGGGUCUUUGUCAGUCAGGCGCCUCAACUCAACCACUCUCGUUGCCGCAUUUCUUCGCUGGCUGGUCCUGCACAUACUGAUCUUGCUCUCUUCUACGCGCCAACCGAUCUCCAGUCAUAGCUUGCUUUCACCUGCACCCUACGACAAGUCUCCUGCACCCGGUUACAUGCGCCGGUAAACUGAGCUGGUCUCAUCCUGGUCAAGCUUGUUAGUGCCAGUACAAGCUACUGCUGUGCGAGCUUUGCCUCCCCAGAAAUAGAUCAGGCAUCGCUUUCACUGUCUGCCCUUUCUGUCUUUCUUUCUUCACGGAACGAUCCUCGCCUCCCUGCGCCAGUUCCCGUCAGGCCUCUUCCGCCAACUCUCCUCAUCCUCAACAUUAAAAGGCUUCAAGACACCGACUCACUCGUUGUCGACGUCGACAUGCCUGCCGUUACGCGACCUGUUCUUCCUCCUCUGCAGACUCCCAAGACGGCCUCAUUCCCCUCCGAGAUAGUCAACACUCCGGUGUCAUGCAUGUCGGCGGUCAUCAAGCAGGAGAGUGCUGGAACCCCCAUUACACCGCCAGUGGCUUACACCGACUUUCUCAAGGCCUUGACGCCUGUACUGGCCAGUCCUCCUACGACUGGGGCUCUGCAAAGAUCACUGUCCGAUGAAUCGACAAGCACAAGGCAUUCCAUGAUCUCCAAUGCUUCUACCUCCUCAAGCACUUCCUCUUCGCGAAGCGAAAGCCAUAAAUCAUCUUCCGGCUCUUUCCCACCAACACCGAAUGCUCGCAGAACUCCUACCGCGCUCAGACGACUUCGAAUACCCCACUCUCCCGCCUUCUCUCCCAGCACGUGCGGCCCGUCUCCACGUACUGCUUUCAGUGGCAUGAGCACUGGUAGCAUGGUCUACUCCCCAUAUUCUCCAGCCGACUGGAACACAGACAAACGCUAUUUCGACGCCCCACGAAGCGCGUGUUCCAAACCAGUCAGUGUACGAUCCGUCAUGACGAGAACGGUCACCUACAAAAGAUCACCACCACUAGAUCCAGCUCCGAAGGGCAAAAAGCGAAAGGUCGAAAUCUCAGAGAUGCCUCCUCCAUCCACCCCGAAAGACCCGCUUGGCAUCACUGUUGAUAAAUUUCCCUCAACACUGAUCGAGUCCUCCCCUACGGUCAUUGCCUCACCCCGGUCACUGACUGUCACAACCCCAACUACUGUGUCAACUCCAACAGCUGUAGCAUGACUUUGAUAGUCACUGGUCUCGCAAAGAACUCGGGUCCAUUCGGCAUUCGGAAGAAUCAGCAAUGGGCGUCACACUAUUUGGUCACGACAUGACUCGUCUCGAGUCUCUAACGAUAUGCGCUACUUUUUCUUUUGUACAUGAUACCACAUCACGUUCUGCGAUGGCGCUCGGUGUACCGGUACGGCGAGCCACAACAUGUAGCAGACGACGGUUGGGUCGCUAUGAACCAAUCUGAAGCCCUCAUAUCCAACCCACUGUGCCGGAAGGCGGCGCGGAGAACAUUUGACUAAUCCCAUGUUACCUUUCAUCGUGGGGCAUGAGUUCAUGGUUGGCUACCUGAAAAGCAUUUGAUCAGUUGUUUUGGACGGGGUUCGGUCCGCAGCCGGACUCUUGCGUGUGGCGGAGUUGGCCUGGAAAAGAGAGAUCGAAAAGGUGAAGAUCACAUAAUAUUUCCUCUCAGGGCCGAGAGGAGCAAGAGCCUAAACCCUGACAUGCAAAUGGCAACUUUUUUGAUCAUGGUCUAAGGAUGCUAUUUUCGGAGUCCUUCACGAGGACUUCAUUUCUUUGCACAAAUCCGAUUCCCCAGCAAGCGAGGAAGGGCAGAGAGAAUAUGGCAAAGAGCCUCCUCUGAGAACCUUCGCUGAUCGAUAUGAUGCUGUUCUGAAUCGUCAAUUGUCCUAUGUGAACCACGAGCUUGGAACAAUCCAUUUUGCUGCUCAACAAUGUAUGAUUACGUACGCAUUAGAAUAUGUGGGAAGGUGACCGCCAC